AUGGAGAUGCUGGAAACCCAAGAACCAAGUCGGAAAAUUCAAGAAGAUGAUAAGGAAAAGAACUUUACAACUGGACUUAAGUUUUAUUCACCGUGGGACGUGACGGAAACGGCAUCAGGACUUUUAGUACCGACAUAUGUGAUGACUCAAUUGUUACCACAUCAACGAGAAUGUCUCGAGUGGCUACAUAAACUUCAUGAACGAGGAGUUGGUGGUAUUUUAGGGGACGAUAUGGGACUUGGAAAAACAGUGCAGUUAGCAUCGUUUUUAGGAGCACUACAUCGUGCAAGAAGACUGCAAACAGUUUUGUUGUUAUGUCCAGCAUCGGUCUUGUUGCAGUGGGUACGAGAGCUGCAUAAGUGGACGCCAUGGAUGCGUGUUGUGCUACUUCAUGCAUCAGGAACAGGCGUGAAUACGUCAUUCUCAAGUGAAUGCUAUGAACAGCUGAUUGAAGAGGUAUUUCGCUUCGAGGACGAAGUAUCGGAUGGUGAAGCAGCGGAAAAUAGCUAUCAUGAAAUGAAGGAAGAUGUUCCUACCAGUGGUGCUGUGAUCAUCAGCACGUACGAGAAUGUUCGACAGUAUCAGAGCUUGUUUCUUACACGCGAGUGGGACUAUGUUGUACUGGAUGAAGGACACCGUAUUCGCAACCCGGAUGCUGAAACGACACUUGCAUGCAAACAGCUGCGCACGAUACAUCGUAUUAUCCUCUCGGGUACACCAAUUCAGAACCGACUUCGCGAGCUUUGGUCGCUUUUUGACUUUGUUUACCCAGGACGUUUAGGUACUUUGCCAACCUUUGACGACGAGUUUGUGUUGCCUAUUCGAGCUGGAGGAUAUGCAACAGCUACCAAGAUGCAGGUGCUGAUGGCGUACAAGUGUGCACUCGCCUUGAAGGAUCUUAUUAAGCCGUUUCUUCUUCGCCGCACAAAGCAAGAGGUUUUGACUAGUGGUGCCAGUGGCGAAAUGGGUACAUUGCUUCCUGCCAAGCAAGAACAGAUAAUAUUUUGCCGGCUUACGACAAGACAGCGUGCACUAUAUAAGCGUUUUUUAGCCUCACCUGAAGUCGCGUCAGUGUUACGGCGAGACAUUCGACCGUUUCGCGCCAUUUCCGUACUGCGGCAUAUUUGCAACCACCCAGACUUGCUAGCCUCGUUUGGUGAUGGAAGACUGGCGGACAAGAAACGGCAAACCUAUGAGGAAGACGAAGAAGAAGGCUUGUCAGGCAUUGCCGGUCUGUUGGACGAGACCGAAGACGGAAAAGAUGUUGAAAGCGAUGAAUCUUUUGGUGCAGUAUCGGCGAGCGGAAAAAUGGUUGUUCUACGCAAGGUGCUAACAGUAUGGAAAGAGCAGGGUCACCGAGUAUUGAUAUUUACUCAAACACGUGGUAUGCUGGACAUCUUGGAAAGUUUUGUGGCUAGGGAUGGCCAUGCAUGUACUCGUCUCGAUGGAACGACGGGUGUGGCAGAACGACAACAGCGACUUGAUGCUUUUAAUGCUCCGGACAGCAAACUUUUUGUGUUCUUGCUGACAACUCGUGCUGGUGGUAUUGGUGUAAACUUGGUUGGUGCCGACCGUGUUGUCGUGUUUGAUCCUGACUGGAAUCCGUCAACGGAUCUUCAAGCUCGCGAACGCGCUUGGCGUAUUGGACAGCUGAAACCCGUGACUGUGUACCGGUUUGUGACUGCUGGAACGAUUGAAGAGAAGAUCUAUCACCGGCAGAUUUUCAAGCAGUACCUUAGUAGCAAGGUAUUGCACGAGGCCAAGCGGAAACGGUGUUUUAACAAGCACUCGCUGCGAGAUUUAUUUGUCCUAGAGGACGAGAAAGGAGAAGGAGAGGGAGUCGCAGAGACAAACGAGUUGUUUGUUGCUGGUAACGUAGAGCGACCUGCUGAAGUGGAAGACGGUGAGGAGGAAGAGGAAAAAAGUGUCGAGCAAUCCGGUGACGGCAGAAACAACACGGAUGGUGGAGACAACGACGUUGUGCUGAAGCAAUUGUUUGACGAUGGCGAUGUGCGCGGUGUGUUUGAUCACUCAGCUGUUGAGUCCGAUGGUGUGCAGAACCAAGAAGCAGAUCUAGUGGAGAUGGAGGCGACAAAGAUUGCGCAAGGGGCAUUGAGUGCACUUCGAGCAUCUGGUGCUCUUGUACGACAACAGCGGGAAACUAUCUAUACACCAACAUGGACAGGUCGAUCGGGUGUUGCUGGCGAUCCAUCUCAACGACGUCAGCAGCAUUCAGCCAUUCGUGGUCGUGAUACCCUACGAGGUCGAGGCAGAGGCCGUGGAAAAGUCGAGCGCAAUGGAGGAGUUUCGUCUCGUGAAAUGCUUGCAAGGAUCAAACAAAGACGUGAUGGUGUCGCAGCUCAAGUGACUCGAUUUUCAGCUCACUCUCGAUCUACAGCUUCAGGUGCUUGUCAAUCUUUGGAAUCAGGUUCCAUAAGUGCAAGUGAAAUGGCAAAGCGUUUGCACUCUUUUCUGGUUCCCAAUGAAGCAAAAGGAGUCACAACCGAACGGCUCUUAGAGCAUUUUGGUAACAUUGUUGGACCUAAAGACAAGCUCGUUUUUCGACAUGUCUUACGUGAUAUGGCGAAAUGUCGGAAUCGGCGCUGGACAUUAAAACCGUCGUAUUCGAACAAUUUCGACUCGUAA